GGAAACGUUUGCCCAAAGACGAAAUCGGGCAAAAUGGUGACGAUAGUGUACGCCAUAAUAGGCCUGCCGCUUUUCUUGCUAUAUCUGAGCAAUAUCGGCGAUAUUCUUGCGAAGAGCUUCAAAUGGAUCUAUGCCCGUUGCUGUUUGUGCAAGUGUCGCAGAAGACCAUUGGAAAUGGCGUCGAGGGGAAGUACGCACGACAGUGCCGACAUAAGGAGAAACCAUUGGCAAAUGGUGGACUUGAACGAAAGGGAGAUCGACACGUUCAGUGUGGACAGAAGUACUUCCCUGGAAGACGACGAAGCGCGAGAGAGAGACGAGGAUGACAGUACGAGCAGCUACGAUCCUCAACAGGUCACUGUACCUCUGACACUCUGCGUCGCCAUAAUGGUAUAUUUGGGGCGGAGCGAUCUUGUUUUCCGAAUGGGAGGACUGGAACAUGCUGGACGGCUCUUAUUUCUGCUUCGUCUCCCUGUCGACCAUAGGUUUCGGCGACAUCGUGCCCGGUGACAAAAUCUACGCGGCCCAGGGCCUCGAUUUAUCCUUCAUCUUCUGCUCCAUGUACCUGAUGCUCGGUAUGGCGUUGAUCGCGAUGUGUUUCAACCUGAUGCAAGAGGAAGUGAUCGCGAAGGUGCGCGCAUUCGUGCGUACCAUAAAGUACAUAUUCCGAUGCGACAGGUGACUGUAACCAGUCUCAGCC